AUGACGAAAAAGAGUUCUUCUUCUUCAUCCUCUACAAAGAAGAAAUCGAAAUUUGAUUCAUGGUCGCAACAAGAGAAGGAUCUCGUCCGAAAUGCUGUUCUCUCCAUUCAUGAACUCUUUCCUACCCGAACUCCGAAUGAAAUUUUAAAAAUCUAUUUACAAGAAGACCGAGAUGAAGGUCAGACCAUUGGCCGAUUGAUCAUGAUGCAAGAGGAUGAGAUGAUGCUCUCCAAAUCCUCUUCUUCUGAGAAUGAUACUUCAAUAACACACGAUGAUACAAGUGGAAUCAAUCAAUCAUUGUUGUUGGAUCAACACGAACAUAUUCCUGAACCACAGCAAGGAAAGUCUUCCGAAGAGGAGAUUGUGAUUAUUGAAAAUGAAGGAGUCACUGGACAAGAAAAGAAGAACAUUAAUAGCGAAGAUCAAAUGAAUCAUGACAAGAAGCAUGAAGAGGAGCCACAUGAAUGUGUUGACGAUGAUUAUGAGCUCGACAGCAAUGAUGAAAUUCACGAUGAAGAUGUCGAUAUUGAAGAAGAAGAAAUAGUUUAUCGAGAUCCCAACGAAGACGAAGAAAACGUUUUUGCAUGUGACGACAAUGAUAACAUUGUGAUUGAGCUUGUAGAUGCCUCUACUUACGAUGAAGAACAAAUUCAAUCACAAACGAUUGCUUCUGAAUUACGUAGAAAUGCUGUUGAUCCUAAUUAUAUCAUUAACAUUUCAAAAGAAGAAGAAACGUUGGAACAUUUAUGGGAACAAUAUAAGAAACGAAAGCAAGACUCAAAAUCAUACAAAGUGUUGAUAGAUGAAUAUGACAUUAUGAAAGAACAAGAAACUGAAAUUCAACAUACAAAAGAUUUGCUUCAAUUGAAUCCUGUUCAAGAGAUUGGAUAUGGAGAUGAUUUCAUUUUGGCCAUGUUGAAACAAUAUCGAUGGAGAGUGGAGUCAUUCUCACACGACUAUUGGGAACAUGGUGAAGAAUUUGUGUGUAAAAAAUGUGGGGUUCCAUGUGAAGCGUUUAAGGCCAUAUUUCUGGGUGAAUCAGGAAGCGACUCUUCUCAAAAUAUCCAAUGCAAUGAAGAGGAGGACGAUCCCACCUGUCCAGCAUGUUUCUGUGACGACGUACCAAUGAGAAAGAACCCAGUAUGUGGCCACAGGUUUUGUGAACCAUGUUGGAGAGGAUAUUUGGAAGUUAAAAUUAAGGAAAUUUCUGGAUUAGGACAGACAAGAAUUAAUUGCAUGGAAUGUAAUACUGCACUUACGCAAGACUUUAUAUUUUCAUUCUUUAGUAAUGCCCAGACGUUUAAUGCCAAGCGCGAGAAUGAAAGAAUCAAAAUGAAAUAUAUUGAGAACAGGGUUGACACGUAUGUGAACGAUCACUUUAUGGUGACUCGAUGCCCAAAUGCUCCUGGAUGCAAAUGUGUCAUUAAAAAGACAGUCGAUAUCCCACUUCACAAAGUACGGUGCGUGCCAUGUGACACAUUGUUUUGCUUCCAAUGUGGAAAAUCUCCUCACUAUCCAGCAACAUGUGAAAUGUUUGAAGAAUUCUCAAAGAAAUCAUCGUCAAUGACAGAAGGAGCUAGUUAUGAUUUUAUUCAAAAGAACACCAAGCCAUGUCCUAAAUGUAAGAGAUUAAUUGACAAAAAUGGAGGUUGUAAUCACAUGACAUGCUCAAUGUGUCAUCAUGAAUUUUGUUGGCUUUGUUUUGGAAAUUGGCAUAACCACAACUUUGAAGCUUGUAAGGAAAAAAUUGUACAAUUUACUUCAGAAACUCUACACCUUGACAAAUCCGGAGAAAUUCAACAAAAACUCUACAAGCAUUAUAUUUACUAUCAGGAAAAGAUGGGUGAACACAAUCGAUGGUUAGAGCGUGAAAGAUCCAAUCAUUACAUGAAAAACCAAUUACAACAAUUUAAGGCAGAUGUUUAUGUCCACACCGAUGUACCAUACAAGUAUUUAUUUUGGGUCGAUGAAGCUUUAAAAACGGUGAAAAUAGCUCGAAGAUUCCUCUAUGGAGCUUAUGUGUAUGCCUUUUGUGCAUUUAACAUGGAAUUGGUUCAAUUAGAUAUUAUUUCCAAACGAUCUGGUCAUGAUUUAAUCAAGAAGAAGAAAAUUAAGGAAAGUCAAUUUGCUCUCUUUGAUACACAUAUUUCGAAUUUAGAAAAGGCAGUUUCACACCUUUUGGUGAAACUUGAUUUUAUGACAGACAAUUCAUGGAGUAAUUACAUGACAGAUGUUUCGAAAAUGAAAAUCUAUGCUGAACAAUACAUUAUGAAACCACAUGUCGAUGCUGUGACUAAACAAGUGGAAGGUUUAAAGUCUGUCAUUGAGAAUAUAGAAAUGUCCAAGUUGUAA